AUGGAACGUAGUGAUGAAGAUGAAACAGCAACAAUUUUGUUUAAUUUAAAAGACAUGAUUCAGAUAAGUGAUAUCGCUGAUUUAUUUGAAUUUUGCAAGAAGGAAUGUAACAUAAGAUGUCUAAGUGUUCUUCUAUAUUUAAUUUUACGCCGGUUCAACAUUUCUUACGAAGAAACACAUCUGUUUCUUAAGUCUACUGUAGGUUUAACAGGUGAAGUUGCACAUAAAUGGGCGAAUGUUUUCAUAAAUGGGAACUUUGUUGAAUUUAUUAAUGAUGGAAGAAGUGGUAAACGAGAAAAUUGCUUUUAUGAUGUUUAUCCAGAAAUUGAAGUUGAAGGAAAAGCGUUUGCAGUAAUUCAAUGUAACCAGAAAGUUGCCAGUUUUACAGCAUAUGAUUUAGCACAGUUUAUAGGUAAACGUUUUUAUGAAAUUAAUGAUACUAAUAAGAGUACUUCUGAUCUGGUACGAUCUGUGGAGAGCUGCAGGCUGUAUUUACGAAAGUGGGGAGUACACUUCGAAACCAACACGAAUCGUCCUUAUUUUGAAGGUCACGAUCGUCCAGACGUGGUCACACACCGUCAUGGAUUCAUCCAUCAUUUUUAACCAAUAAAGAUCAUUAUUACAGCGUUAGUCCAGAUGAAGAUCCUCAUUUUCAAGUACCGACAUCCUCGCAAAAACCAUUCUUAUCUGUAAGACUUGAACUUAGUCUAAUUGGAACAGUAUUGUAAUCCAAGUUUCCUUUCUAGGCCAUGACGAAUCCACUUUUCGUAGUGGAGACGUUCGUGC